AUGGUUGCUUCAUUAGACGUCCAAGACAAAAUACUUGCAGAACUAAACAAGUAUAAGAGAGCUGAAGCAUUGUUUGGACAACCUUUAGCAAUCAAACAAAGGGACAAAAUAUCUCCAGGUCUUACUUGUAGUGCUUCUGGAUGCAAACGUAAUUGGAGUGUGUUUGAGCAGCUUCAUAACAAGAAACGAAAUAGGCUUGCUCAAAGUCGUUUGAAUGAUUUAGUCUUUAUCAAAUACAAUAGAGCAUUAAAACGUCGAUACAGCCUUCGAGAUAUCGUCGACCCUAUCUCUUUAAGAGAUAUUAAUGAUAGUAACGAAUGGUUGAUUGGAAGAUUAGAUGAUGAUUCUGAGGAGGAGGAUGAGCUGGUAUUUGACGAUGAUACUUUAACGUGGGGUGAUGUUUCAAGAGCUGCCGAAGCAAAAGAACCAACCUUCUAUUCUAGAGCUAGGGCCUCAGAAGCGACUAAUGUUUCAUGUUCAUCCUCGUCUACCACACAAUCCACACCCAAACAAAUAAAUUUGGAUGACUCUGAUCAGGAAGAAGAAGAUACCGAUGGCUAUAAGUCCAACGAAGGAGUGAAUGAAGAUGAGGAUCAAUUUAGUGAUGAUGAGUUUGAUCUUUAG